AUGCCGACUCCGGCAGCUCAGCCCCACGCUCUCCGCCGCCCAUCCGUCUCCGCCGCCUCCUCCGCCUUCACCCCAAAGGACCCGGCCCCGCUGAGCGUCUCCACCUCGUCGGUCAACAGCGAGGGCUUUCAGCGCUUCCCGUUUCGGCCAAAGUUGACGAACGUCCUGAACCCGGUGACGAGCAUGCGGGAAUGCCUGCUGAGGCGUAUCUCGCCGGAACGCGCGGCCAUCUAUGACAAGCUGUUCCCUGCCGAUCCACGCGGCCUGCUCAACCCCACCCCGGUGAAGAACAACAACACCUCGCCAAAGCCGUCGACCAGCCGCACCAACAUCACCCCCGGGGACAACUCGAUGGAGUGGGAAACCCCGGGAACAAGCCGCGACCAGACGGACAAGUCCGAGCAGUUCGACUACAACAACAACGACGACAACAGCGACCGGGCCGACGAGUCGAUGACUUAU